AUGAUAAUAAUAAGUACUCGUAAACAUUUACGUUCGAUCAUCGUCUUCUUCGCUCAAGUCCCUACCGUGCAAUCAAGUACAUCCUUGCUCAAGGUGGAGGCUAUGGCUGGCCAUGAUGAUUCUGGAAAGAAAUCAAAUGAAAAUGAGAUACCAACUUUUAAUGUGGAAAAUAUGCAAAGCAACAUGAAAGUCAUAUACUACAGUCGGACGUUCAUGUCAAUCAUUGGUGGAGUGAUUGCUGGAAUUUUGGGAUUCACAGGCCUCAUGGGAUUUGUCAUCUAUUUACUUGUCAUGGCAAUAACCUCCCUUUGUCUAAUAGCCAAGGCUGGUUUCUCUAUCCACUCAUAUUUUGACACCUGGAAUCGGGUCCUUCUUGACGGCUUUCUAGGCGGCCUUUUGUCUUUCGUGCUGUUCUGGACAUUUGCUUAUGAUAUCGUGCAUAUCUUUUAAAUAAUUCUGACUGGAAUACACAAAGCAAGUUUGGUUAGUGGUGAUGUUGCUUGACAAAUGAAGUUACAAAAAGAAGGGGAUUGAAGGUUUACGAUGUAUUUCAAUUUUUGGAUAUUUUAAUGAAAGUUUAUAUAUGUUUUUAGGACCAAGAUGUGAUUUUGAAGAGGGAUAUGAUAAGGUUUUUAGCAGUUUUGUAUACUUAUGCAUUUUGUUUUCCUGUGACAAAAUGUACAUGUUGGGUGACUGGUCUAGCAAACAUUUUGUGUUUUUAUUAUAA